ACACCUGUCGUACGGAAGCGUUCUCCGCAAACGCGACGCGCCGGAAACGAGGAAGUGCAGUGAACGACUAUUUGAAUUCCAUUUUCGAAUAUAUUAAAAUUUCGUUCGAUUUCAAUAACCAUAAAGUGAAUAUAUAUUUACCAAAAAGGUUAAUAGCUACUCGCGAAUUCUUCAUCACGUAGAGAACAUCAAAUAUUUCGAAGAGUCAGCAGCGUGAGGUGACAAUUACUUUCACCGGUAGAGCACGCUCCGAUGUUCUCACGGUGAAACCGUGCGAAGAAAACUGCCAGGAAAAUGCACAUGGUGGCAACAAAUAUCUGGGCUCGAUGUGCCAGGUGAUCCGCCAUGCGCCAGACGGUGCAUCCCGACUGGGACAAAACGCCAAAAGUUCGGUUAAAACCAACUCACACCACACUAAUCUGGCUGUUGGCAUUCCUUCAAAUAGUCGCAGCGAACCGACCACCACGUUUCCUCAUAGAUGGCCAGUCAGAGAUUGUCGUUAGACUUAAGGAAGGACCAGAUACGCCAAUUGGUAGCUUAAUAUACCGGCUGCGUGGUAUUGACCCAGAUGGAGACACGUUGUAUUUUGGAAUUAAAGAUCAAUUGGGUAGUGAUAUUUUAAGAUUAGAAGCCAUUUCAUCCAACGAAGCUAAUAUUUAUUUAGUUAAGGAAUUAGAUAGAGAGACCCGUGAUGAAUACUCUUUUGUCUUAACACUAAGCGAUGGUCAUUUGGGGGAAGGUAAUUUCAUCACACAGAGCUUUCUACUCUUAGUAGAAGAUGUAAAUGACAACGAACCCAUUUUCAAACCAUAUCCCUCCGCGAUCACCGUGAAAGAAGAUUCACCGCCUGGUAUAUUGGCUACAGUGGAAGCAACAGACCUUGACGAAGGAGCUUAUGGACAAGUUUUGUACAACCUCCAAGAAUUGGAUGGAGAUAUAGAAAACUUUUCAGUACAAACAGUUAAUGGAAAAGGAGUGAUCCGGUUAACCAAUCGUUUGGAUUACGAGCGUAAAUCCUUGUAUCAACUCCGUGUGUUGGCUGUAGACCGGGCGAAUCAAGGACGAGUUAAUACGGGUACUGCAGCUAUAUUAGUGAAGGUACAGGACGUAGAAGACCAACCGCCAGAGUUUGUUGUUGCCAGCCCUGUUACUAGAAUUAGCGAGGAUGCACCGAUCGGAACUUCUGUUUUGCAAGUGCGUGCUAUUGAUGGUGAUAGAGGCAUCAACAAUCGUAUAUCAUAUAGCAUCAUAUCUGGUGGUGAAGAGCAUUUUGAUAUAGAUAGCAGCUCAGGUGUGGUGUACACUGUCAAUCAGUUGGACAGAGAGGAUCCAAAUAACAGCAAUGGGGCUUAUAUAUUGGAAAUACUGGCCACAGAAGAAUCACUUACAGUGUCUCCAAUGCCAAGUGCAACCACUGAGGUGACAGUCAUAGUGACAGAUGUGAAUGAUGAAACACCAAAAUUUCGUAGUGAUCGCUAUGUGUGUGAAGUGAUAGAGAAUGCACAGCAGAAUACUCCCAUAACUUUCCUUCAAGACGCCAUACCAGAAGUGUUUGAUUAUGAUCAGGGUAAAAAUGGAACUUUUGAAUUAUAUUUAAGAGGUGAUAAUGGUGUGUUUGAUGUUACACCAUUUAAGGGUAUAAAUGAAGCCUCAUUUUUGAUAAGGGUCAAUGACCCAUCUUAUUUAGAUUAUGAGAGGGUUACAGUAAUGAAUUUCAGUCUAGUCGCCAAAGAAAUUGCUGCCAAAGAUCCUAAAAUGAGUAUAGUUCCAAUAAUGGUCCAUAUAAAGGAUGAGAAUGACAACUUUCCAGAGUUUACAGAGUCACUAUACACAGUUUCUAUACCAGAGAACUGUGGUGUUGGAACAACAGUCGCAUGGGUGCAAGCUCUAGAUCAAGACUCUGACAAUUAUGGAACAAGGGGUAUCAGAUAUACAAAUUUAGGAGGCAGUGUUGCUAAUUUAUUAAAUUUAAACCCAAUAUCAGGAGUGAUUACAGUAAAGCAAGCGGGGGGUGACAGUUUCGAUCGAGAACUCGUCUCUCGCCAUUAUUUGACCGUUGAAGCGCGGGACGACCUCGGCAAAGGCAAUAGAAACACCGCUCAACUCAUUAUAAACAUCGAAGACGUGAAUGAUAACGCGCCUAUGUUUCUUGCCAACAAGUACGAGGCGAGAUUGCUGGAAAAUGAACGCCAGUUUGAGAACCCGCUAAUUUUAGAAGCUAGGGACAUGGACUUAAAUGGUACCAAAAACAGUCAUAUAGAAUACUCAAUAGUUGGUGGGGAUUAUAAGAAGAAUUUCUCUAUCGACCCCAAUCUGGGCAUCAUCACGCCGGUCGGUGGACUUGAUUUCGAGCAGAUACCAGGCGACAAUACUAACAUACGACCUAUACAUCUAACGGUGCGAGCGCGUGACUUUGGUGACCCGCCUUUGUCUUCGACGGUACCUGUCACCAUCUAUGUGCAAGAUGUGAACGACCACGCGCCGCUGUUCCAGCAGAUGUUGUACAAGCGGUCCAUCCCUGAAGAUAUGCCCGGCGGUACUAGUGUGCUUGAGGUGAAGGCUCGCGAUGCUGACGGUUCGUUGCCUAACAACCGGGUAGUGUACCGCAUUCAACGCGGCGCUGGAGACAAAUUCGUCAUAGACGCAAAUUCCGGCGUGCUUGCAGUAGCUAACGGCUCCACUCUCGACCCGGACAAGACCAAUCCUAAGGUCAACCGGUACACACUCACUGUGGUGGCGUUAGAUGGCGGUAUAGGAGAUCAGCAAUUAAGUGCAGCUGUACUCGUUAAUAUCACAAUAGUUGAUGUGAACAACAAACCUCCAGUACUUGUCGAGCCUGGCACCAUUGUUGUCAGAGAAAAUACGCAGGUAGGUACAGAAAUAUACCGCGCCGAAGCUUAUGAUCUGGACGAACAACCGGUGCUACGGUUUGCGAUUGACCGUAGCGGUAGUGUGGCAAGGAACGAGGACGGCGUUAUAGUACCGGUUACCGAGUACGACUACCUAUCGCUUUGGGACCUAAACUCCGUCGAUGGAACGCUAAGGGUUGUGAGGUUACUAGAUAGAGAAAAAGUUGAAACGAUAAAAUUAGUUAUUACAGUUCAAGACAUGGCAGCUAUAGACGGCGGUCCACUACAAACUGCCACAGGAACUCUCACGAUAAUAGUGGAAGACGAGAAUGAUAACAAUCCACGCUUCAGGAAACCAUUUUACAGGACCUCAAUACCCGAAAACUCUAAGAACGGCGUCAAUAUUGUGACGGUUAUAGCGGAUGACGCCGACAAGAACAGAACUAUGACAUAUUCUGUGGAAGGUCCUGAAGAACUUCUCAGCAUGGUGCAUAUGGAGAGCGCGACCGGCGAAUUGGUGGUUGCCAACAGAAUCGAUCACGAGGUGUAUCCUUGGAUUAAUAUCACCGUAAAGGCCAUCGACAGCGGCCUGCCACCGCGGUACUCAGUCGCUGAACUCUUUAUUCAAGUUUUGGAUGAAAAUGACAAUAACCCGAUAUUCGAGUCGUCCGCGUUCGAAUACAGGGUGCGUGAGGAUGUGGAGCCGGGAACAAUUUUGGCCAACGUGGUUGCCAACGAUGCGGACUCCGGCGAAUACGGCACAGUUACCUAUCUGCUCGACCGGAUGUCUACGCAGGGCAAAUUCCUAAUAAAUGCGGAAAGUGGUGCGUUGACAGUGUCAGACUGGUUGGACCGCGAGACCCAACCCACGUACAAUUUAGUGGUUGAAGCAUGGGACAAUUAUCAGUUUGGAUACCUUAGUGGUGAAAGCCGGAACGCGUUCAAGCAGAUUGUCGUUCACGUAGAAGACGUAAAUGACAACCCUCCAAUACUAAACAUUCCGGAAGAAUGUACAACCAUCACGGAAUUCCACAACUACCGUGAACCGAUAGUCUCCAUAUCAGCGACAGAUGCGGAUGACGCCAAUUCGCCCAACGGCCGCGUGCAGUUCCACUUAGUUGGUGGAAAGGGUCAUGAGCUGUUCCGGUUUGAGCAAGUGGGCGGAGAUGCGAACACGGGGCGUCUGUUCGCGAGGCAAUCCCUGCAGGACCGGUUCGGGAACUACUCGCUGUCGGUGGAGGCGCGCGACCUGGGCGCGCCGGCGCACGUGGCGCGCGGCUCGCUGCGGCUGUGUGUCGCCGACUACAACGACCACGCGCCCGUGUUCGUGCAGCCGCCGCACAACGUCACCAUCAAGGUGCCAGAGAACGCGACGGUGGGCACGUGCGUGGCGACGGUGCGCGCGGUGGACGCGGACGUGGGCCCCAACGGCGCCGUGCGGUACCGCGUGCGGCGCCAGCCCGGCCGCGACUGGCGCGCGUUCUCACUGCACGCCGCCACCGGCGCGCUGCGCACCGCGCUGCCGCUCGACCGCGACCAGCAGACCACCUACCAGCUAAGAAUCGAGGCGUACGAUCUCGGGCUCCCGACUCCGCUAAGUUCAGACUUGGAUCUCACGAUAUACGUACAGAACGUGGACAAUUAUCGGCCACGGUUCCCAAACAAACAUUUCUACGUAAAUGUCACAGAAAACACACCAGACUUCGAAGUAUAUUUGCCAAGUGUUAUAGAAAGAGACGAAAUAGAUAGAGGUGACGAACCAAUACUGCCUGUGUGCUUCUUUAUAGUAGAAGGCAAUGAGAACGGAGCUUUUGAACUACACAGGAAUACACAUAAAUUAUCCACAAUCAAACCACUCGAUCGAGAGCAAAAGUCAGAAUACGCACUCACCGUGUUGGCUACAGAGGACUGUAUAGCGACACCCAACUAUCAGAGUGACGUGGACGCAGUCAGUGUACUAAGGGUGAAUGUAACCGUCAAUGAUAUCAACGACAAUCCACCAAAAUUUACGAGCAAGAUAUUCACUGGUGGCGUGACGACAGAGGCUGAUUUUGGUAUUGAAUUUAUGCAUGUGAAGGCGCUAGACAUAGACGACGGUGACAAUGCAAAAAUAAGUUACUACCUCAUGGGUGAAGUAAAAGAAACACUAACGGAAGGCCUUGAAAAUUUGGCGGUGUCACCCUUCCUCGUCAAUGUGGACACCGGCGCCAUAUCAUUGAAUUUCGACCCACAGAAAGGCAUGAAAGGAUAUUUCGAUUUCAAGGUACUAGCCAACGAUACAGGCGGGCUUCAAGACGAAGCGCAUGUCUUUAUAUACUUACUGCGCGAAGAUCAGCGAGUACGGUUUGUGCUUCGCUCGCACCCGUCGGAAAUCCGUGAAAGAAUACCCAAGUUCCGCGACAAACUGGCCCGCGUCACGGCCUCCGUAGUCAACAUAGAUGAUAUAAGAGUCCACGAGAACAAAGACGGAUCUGUGGAUAAUACGAAAACAGACCUCUAUUUGCACUUAGUCAAUGGCCAGGACCAUUCUGUUUUUGAAGUGGAACAAGUAUUGAAGAUAGUUGAUAAGAAUAUUGAACAACUCGAUGAUUUGUUCAAGGAAUUCAAUGUCUUGGACACUCAACCGGCGGAGUACCAACCGCUAACCGCCGAGACGUUGUCAUCAAACCAGACGGUCUUCUGGCUGGUGUGGACGACGCUAUUCCUCGCCGUGCUCCUCGUGCUGUCACUUAUGUUGUGCCUGUCUCAACGGGCGGAUUAUAUUCGAAAGUUAAAGGCCGCUACAGCCACAGCUUAUUCUUCACCAACACCAGGCGAAUCUGAUAUGACAAUUCGCAGCUCAGGAGGACGUGUUCCGAACACAAACAAACAUAGUACCAAAGGCUCUAAUCCGAUCUGGCUACACGCAUACGAAAACGAUUGGUACAAGUCUGACGACCAGCUGAGUCAUUCCGAACGCGACUCGCUUGACGAAAACGCGGUUGACCAAGACAUAUCCAACGAGAAACCGUAUUUCAUCACAACCGGGGCUUUCCCGUCCAUCGAUUCUAAUGAAACUGAGCCACAAAGUAAUCAAGCAAAAUACGAUUUUUACCAGCAACUAGAACAAAUGAAGAACGCAAAAAAUAUGGAGACAACUGAAUUAUAAUGUCAUAUAUGUAUAUUAUAUAAAUUGUAUGUGCCUUUGUAAUAUACAUAUGUACCAUACUAGCAAUUCAUUUCGCAAUUGUGUUACAAUGAAAGACAAUGCUCUUCUAUUUAUUCAUAAUGAAAACGUGAUAAAAAUAAGUUUAUACCAAAUAAAGAUGUUUUAUUUAUAACAACAAUCAACGAUAUGUUCGUGCCAAAAUGAGUGUUCGAUAAGUACUGCGAAUUAAGUUUUGGCAAACGUGGAUUUAGGUGUAAUUUGGGUUGAAAAUUUAGAAUUAAUUCAAGAUAAAAACUAAAACAAACCGACCUUAGAAUCAAAGAUAAUCUACAUUCCAUUCAGUCGUAAGUCUUCUAAUUUCGUCAUGAUUGUAAUUGGUUCUUUUGUGGUUUAAUUACGAACUUGUAAACUGUGUGAAGGUAAAUAAACAAAUAAAACAAGAUUUGUUAUGGACACCUGUCUUUUCGUCAUAGUUAUCCUUGAUUUCUAUUUGUGUAGUCGUCUGUAUUUGACGGCGUCAUAGCGAUGAUUUUAAAGUAUAAAAAAUAACUGUAGAGUUGUAGAGUAUUACAGAAAGGGAGGUAGAUACAAUAAUUCAACAAAAAUUAUAUAAAAUUAGUAAUUUCUUUUUGUUAAAUUGGAUAACCACAUUAUUACGGGUGUGUUUAUCGUGCCGAAUAGUACAUUUUACCUUACUCUUAUUGGAGUUAAGGUCUAUUUUCUAUAGGGCACAUUUUAUUAUGAACAAUUAUAUAUGUAAAAAUCUAUGAUCACUAAUUUGUAAAAAAAUAAAUAUGAUCCUGUAACCAUAAUCCCAUAAUGUAUAGUACUAGUUUCAUUUGUGUACCUAUAAUAUUACAUUAUUUUGCAAAAGGUAGGUAUAGCAAAGUAAUAUAAUACAAUAACCAACCCUUAACUACGCUGUAAGUAUAUAUUAAUGAAAAGAUUGCUUUCAGCAAUAAGGCCGCCUUAUUGUAACUAUACAUGUCCUUUAAUAUAUUGUUUAUGCCUUUUCUUUACUGUGUGUUGCAAAUAAAGUAUAUUCUAUCUAUCUGUCUAAUGCAUUGAGAAAACCCUUAAUAGCCAAAUCUGAUUAAAAUUAGGCUCAUUGGUCGCUUUCCCUUAUAUAGCAGAUGCGAGAGAUUGUUUCCAUUUACGCCAGGUAAGUGUACAUAAGUACAAUACAUGGUAAAUUUAUCGACCUUAUUAUUGUUACCUACA